AUGAAAAUUUUCUUCAUAACAAAAAGCUUUUCCGGUUCUAGCCACAAAAUCAUGCGACACAUCGUACCUCGCCAUUGCAUCAUUUUCAAGCAUCAUAGGAAGCUGCCAGAAGAGCAGACAGAACAGGAUCAAGAUCACUUUGUCCAGUUGCUCUUUGUUCAGAAUCUGGCCCAGGAUGAAAUUCAUUGUUGCUUUCCUGAUCUCGAUAGGUUCGCAAAAGAUGGCAUUUUGCUUCGAUUUCUCCUGGUCAAUUUCUUGGACUCGAAAACAGAAGGCAGCGAUCAGGCUGAGCUUUUUAGGCUCGGGCUUGUCUCCAUACUCAGCUCGGAAGUCCGGCAGAGAUCGGUGGAGCUCCGCCUCCAUGUUAGCCACCAUGUAGCCUCUGUCUCUAAGCAUUUCGAGGAGCGUGCGUCGAGCCAUGUAGUACCGCCGGUAUUCCACGCUUCCGGCGUGCACCUGCAUGCUUAUGCAAUUGGCCCGGCCGUCGGCGAACUUGCUGCUCUCGUCGGCCAUUUCGAUAAAGCAAUGGCAGGGGACGUCAGAUCUCACACUAAAGUACCUAAAUUACGAAAAAGACAAGUCUCUACAAAUAAAAAGACAACAACAGCAUUUUCAAGUUCUCUUGCGCUUGAGGGUUUUGAUCUGAGUGUAGAUGUAGUUGAUGACCUCCUUGAGCGUGGCCUUGCGGUUCUCCUUGAAGUUCCACAGCUCAGGGACCACAUAACAGCCGCUCGGGUUGUACUCUUGCAUCUCCAUCAGGGCAGUGGUCACAGCCUCGUAUAUCUCUGGGCCCCACUCUGCCCGGAGCCCACGCAGCUCCUCGUCAUCCUCGAGCUCGCUCUACAAUACAUGAAAUGA